AUGAAAUAUUCACGUCUUAACCAAGCUGCAAUAGUAAGCGCCCUUCGCGGCCAAACUUUACGGAUUCCAAACCUCUUCAAUAUCUUCCGUUCUUGGCCUCACCCCAAGGGCCGAGUCAACCGCCACCAUGAACUCGUCAAACCAAUAGUCGACCAAGCGGUCGAUCGUAUGGCUAUAAGUUAUCCGCUCAUCACUAAUCGAAAAAGGGAUGACAUAGCUCAUCUGGCCUGCUCGUUAUAUCCACAGGCUUGGAAACAGCAGAUUGAGGCUCUGACGCUCUACACAACGUGGCUUGUGUGCUGGGACGACGCUGUUGAUGCUAAUGAGGGCGAUCUGGCGGGUGACUUUGCACGUGCGGACCGAUGGAGGCGGCAGACGAUGCGUAUGGUACGUGAGGCAUUGGCCUUUAACGGAACAUGUGUUGGCAAGGCAGAUGGCGAUCCAAUUAAUGACGUGUUCCGAGGCUUUGGUUCGCGAUUAUGCGAGACAGCUCAAAGGGAUCAACGACGCCUCUUACAUGAUGAGAUUCAUUUCUUCGUCAAGAGUUGCGCGGCUGAGCAGGAACUCCGCCUGGCUAAUCGCAUGCCGGACUUUGAAUCGUACAUGAAGAUGAGGAUCGGCACUGUCGGUGGCAGGAUGCUUUGCAGUCUUGUGCCAUAUGCGACGCAGGAGAGGCUUCCAGCAGCAGUAUCAUCAGCUCCCGAGGUCGAUCAAAUGUGGACACAAGUAAGCAUUCUACUGAGCUUGCUUAAUGACAUGCUGUCGUUGAAAAAGGAACUGCGGACAAAUUGUAUUAUCAAUGCCGUUGCAGCCAUAAUGGAACCGGACAUGACGUUGGGUAUGGUGGUUUCUGAACUGGAGGAAAGGAUGGGCCUUGCAGUGAACGAAUUUGACGAUGCCGCAAGCAAGUUGCUCAACAAGACCGAGGCACAAGAGGAGUUGCAGUCUCUUGUGAAGAGAUAUGUCCACGGUUGCCGUGCUAUCGUUGUUGGCACGCUCAAUUCUACGCUAACAUCGCCCCGAUACAACAUCUCCAAGCUCAUACAAGAAGACGGCUCAUUAAAAAUUACUCUCUGA